AUGAAGUCCGGCGGUACGCCUGAGAAUAAUCGGCGCAUCGCGGAAGCUGCGUAUUUUCCUCCUCCGUCAUUGGGUCUUUGCAAGUCGUCCAAGAUUGAUUUUGCCUAUACGGAGGCCUGUAGCCUAGCCUGGACAAUGAGCUUAUGGAGUCUCGCUAUACACCCAGCAUAUCUGUGCUCGCUAGUCCUCAGAGCUUUGCCUAGGCUGCUGCGCCUCACUCCAAGUUCACUGAAGAAAUUGUGCAAGCAUCCUCCACUGAUCAAGACUAUGGAGGGCGCAUCGCCUGAGCUGCCUCAGGACAUCUUGAUGGGUAUAUUUGCCACCCUCGAGAUCCCUGACCUCCUUCGUGCCGGCUCAGUCUGCUCCUCCUGGCGCUCCGCGUACUCCAGGCUCCGCAGCCUUGGGCACUACACGCGUCCCCAGACGCCGUGCCUCCUCUACACCUCUGAAUCUGCCGGCGAGAGCGUUGCUUGCCUCUACAGCCUCGCGGAGAAGAGGACGUACAAGCUAGCUCUGCCAGGGCCACCCAUCAGAAAUAGGCAUCUGAUUGGGUCCUCGCAAGGUUUGCUUGUUACAGUUGAUGACAGAUCAGAGAUGCACCUUGUCAAUCCCAUCACUGGUGAACAGAUUAAUCUCCCUUCGGUGAUCACCGUUGAGCAUGUGAAACCCAUCUAUAAUGACUCUGGUGCUCUUCACCAGUACGAGUACUCAUACCACUCCGCAAAAAUGGUUUACGGUCCGCCAUCAAUUUUGGCUCUUGGAGAGCUGAGGAACAAGCUUCACCAUAAAGCUUUCGUGUUUUCUGAUACAUGCAAUGGAUACAUUGUGGCGCUCAUACACAAUCCAGCUAGUCAGCUCUCAGUUGCAAGGGCAGGGGAUGAUAGUUGGAUAUGGCUGCCACCAUACACCAACUAUGAUGAUUGCAUUUACAAGAAUGGCCUGCUGUACGCAGUCACUUCAUUUGGGCAAAUUCACGCUUUCGAUCUAAGUAGCCCUGUUCUCACGAUGAAGAUGAUUACACAGGAGCUAGAGCCUGAGGACCGGUUUCUGAAUACUUACAUUGUCCAAGCUCCAUGGGGCAAUCUUCUUCAAGUGUGGAGAUUAUGUGAGCACUGUGAUUUAGAACCCGAGCCUGGGGCAUCUGUGUUUUGGAGCACUGGAAAACUCAAAAUAUAUGAAGUCGAUGCUUCGUCAGGAGAGAAAAUUAAGAAAAUCAGUUGCUUGCGCGACCAUGUGUUGUUUCUUGGGCACAAUCAAUCACUUUGUCUUACUGCUCAAGACUAUCCCGCUCUCAAGGGAAACCAUGCCUACUUUACCGAUGACAGUGUGCUUUGGACAAGGGGACUCAAGAACAAUCCCCGUGAUAUGGGAAUUCUCGACUUGGGUAAUAACAGCAGGGAGGAACUUUUUUCUCCCCAGCUUUGGUCCAACUGCCCGGCUCCUGUGUGGAUUACACCCAAUCUUAGAAAGAUGAACCUGGCAUUCAAUGAAUAG